AGAGGCUACUAGCAAGGGGUCCCGACCACCACUCGGGAGCAGCAUCGGUGCCUGGCAUUGGGGCAGCUCCUCAUGAGUCAAAUCUGAGCAGCAGUCGUCCCCUCAGCUUCGUGUACCCAGCCCUGGCCGUGUGGAGCCUUGGGACGCCCGCACAGCCCCGCGAAGGGGAGAAAACGAGAAAGGGGGCUUAACACUCGGUGACGUGGCUCCCUCAGAGCUUGGGGUAAAUGGCCUGAGCAUCGCACCAGAGGGAAGGUGUAAGGGAGGUCCUUUAGGGCAAGGACCUGGGCGACUGGACGGACUACAGCCGUCUACAGCGACUGAGGCAGCCCCGUCUAAAAGAAGAAACAGGGAGUCUUCCGCUGCAGCUUGGCCACUCAGUUGAUCCCUGUAGCCAUCGCCCAACCUCCCUCGCAGUGGGAUCGCUCCGCUAAGGUCCUAGGUGCCCUAGUCCCCGCCCAAGACCUGCGCCGUACGGUCCGCCACACUCAUCAUGGCGGCGGCCGCCGGACGUAACUUCCGCCCGCGGCCGGAAGUGCGGGUCCUGCGAGCAUGGCUGCGUCGAAGGUGAAACAGGACAUGCCCCCGCCGGGGGGCUAUGGCCCCAUCGACUACAAGCGGAACCUUCCGCGUCGGGGACUGUCGGGCUAUAGCAUGUUUGCUGUGGGCAUUGGGACCUUGCUCUUCGGAUAUUGGAGCAUGAUGAAGUGGAACCGUGAACGCAGGCGCUUGCAGAUUGAGGACUUCGAGGCCCGGAUCGCGCUGAUGCCACUGUUGCAGGCAGAGAAGGACCGGAGGGUCCUGCAGAUGCUUCGAGAGAACCUAGAGGAGGAGGCCAUCAUCAUGAAGGAUGUGCCUGAUUGGAAGGUGGGUGAGUCUGUGUUCCACACAACGCGAUGGGUGACUCCCAUGAUGGGUGAGCUCUAUGGACUGCGCACAAAUGAGGAGAUUCUCAACGCCAGUUACGGCUUCAUGUGGUACACGUAGGGGCCUGCACCCCUUGGACCACUGGGACCCCUGCAUCCUCCCCACUGGGAAAUAAAUAUUCUGGAGACCUGUC